AUGACAACAGCAGCAGAAGCAGCAGCAGCAGCAGCAGCAACAGCAACAACAGCAGCAGAGAAAAAAUCACCCAUCCAGACAGGCAGGCAGGCGUGCUUCGUAGGCGCAUUAGGCGGCAACAAAAGGCCAAGCAAUGGAAGAAAUACAGUCCAAGAAGCAAACGACACGCGCGCGCGCACGCAUGCAAAGCAAGCAAGCAAGCAGCAAACCCAGACCCAGACCGAAUCCCAAACCCAAGACCCUAACUAUACAACGCCGUCGCCUUUUGCGCUGUUCACGCGCCUGUUACCUAUCCAUCCGUCCGUCCCGUCCGACCAUCCAUCCACCCAUCCGUACCCGUACCCAUAUGCUCCCUCGCCGGGGAAAGACACAAAAGAGAUCUUACCGAAAAAGUCGUCUCGCAUCGCAGAAAAAAAGUCGCUAUCGCCAUCGCAUCGUAGAGUCGCUAUCGCAGUCGUAGAGAGUAAAAUGUCGCUUUCGUAA